AUGUAUGGAAUCCCAGAACAUGCCGAUAACCUCCGCCUGCGAACCACGGAGGGAGGAGAUCCAUUUCGUCUCUAUAACUUGGAUGUCUUCCAAUACGAACUCUACAACCCGAUGGCUCUCUACGGAUCGGUCCCGGUGUUGUUAGCUCACAGCGCCCAACGGACCCUCGGCAUAUUUUGGCUCAACGCAGCCGAGACCUGGGUGGACAUCACCUCCAACACAGCUGGCAAGGUAAGUGGUGUGAACUUUGCUGCUGCUUUACACAGCCCCAGAGACCUUCGGUGUGUUUCCCCUUCCUCAGGCACCCAGGCUCUGCCUCCGCUCUUCGCCCUGUCCUAUCACCAGAGUCGCUGGAACUACAACGACGAGGAGGAUGUGAACGCUGUGGACAACGGCUUUGACGAGCACGACAUCCCCUACGACGUCAUCUGGCUGGACAUCGAACACACCGAUGGCAAGCGCUACUUCACCUGGGACCCCAACAAGUUCGCCAACCCCCGGGAGAUGCUUCAGCGGCUGGCAGCCAAGAGGAGGAAGAUGGUGAGCAUUGUUGACCCGCACAUCAAAGUCGACAGCAGCUACCGAAUCCACAAUGAAAUUCGCUCCCGGGACCUUUACGUCAAGACCAAGGAUGGGAAUGACUAUGAAGGCUGGUGCUGGCCAGGUUCAGCGGGCUAUCCGGAUUUCACCAACCCCCAGAUGCGUUCCUGGUGGUCCAGCAUGUUUCCUUACGACCAAUACGAGGCGAUGCACUGUUGGUUCAUCCGGUAACUGCACAAGGAGCUCGCGGUGUACAGGUGUAUUUACCUGGCAAAGGGGAAGUAAGUAUGAUUGUUGACUUUGGAUUGAGCUAUUCACUUAUUAGAUGGUUAUCCAUUCAUUAUUUUUUAAGUAACUCAAAUCAGUGAACAUUCCUAAGGCUCCUCCUUUCUCCUCCUGUUUUCCCCACAACAACAACGACCCUGUGAGGUGGACUGGGCUGAGGGAGUGGCCAAAGCCAUCCAGUUGGCUUUCGUGCCUAAGGUGGGGCUAGAAUUCGCUGCCUCCUAGUGAUUGGCCCAAAGUCACCCAAC